AUGGACGCGGUGCUGCUAGAGCACUUCCCCGGGGGCCUGGACGCCUUCCCGUCUCCUUACUUUGACGAGGAGGACUUCUUCACCGACCAGUCCUCUCGGGACCCUCUGGAGGACGGCGAUGAGCUGCUGGCGGACGAGCAGGCCGAGGUGGAGUUCCUCAGCCACCAGCUGCACGAGUACUGCUACCGCGACGGGGCGUGCCUGCUGCUGCAGCCCGCGCCUUCGGCCGCCCCGCACGCGCUCGCCCCGCCGCCCUCUGGGGGCCCCCGCGAGCCGGAGGACGGCGGCGGCGGCGGCGGCUACUGCUGCGAGGCAGGGGCGCCCCCCGGCGGCUUCCCCUAUUCGCCCGGCUCGCCGCCCUCGUGCCUGGCCUACCCGUGCGCGGGGGCGACCGCGCUGUCCCCCGGAGCCCGGCUGCGCGGCCUGAGCGGGGCGGCGGCGGCGGCGGCGGCGGCGCGGCGGCGGCGGCGGGUGCGCUCCGAGGCCGAGCUGCAGCAGCUGCGGCAGGCGGCCAACGUGCGCGAGCGGCGGCGCAUGCAGUCCAUCAACGACGCCUUCGAGGGGCUGCGCUCGCACAUCCCCACGCUGCCCUACGAGAAGCGCCUCUCCAAGGUGGACACGCUGCGCCUGGCCAUCGGCUACAUCAACUUCCUCAGCGAGCUGGUGCAGGCCGACCUGCCGCUGCGCGGCGGCGGCGCGGGCGGCGGCGGGGGCCCGGGGGGCGGCGGGCGCCUGGGCGGGGACAGCCCGGGCAGCCAGGCUCAGAAGGUCAUCAUCUGCCACCGGGGCACCCGGUCCCCCUCCCCCAGCGACCCGGAUUAUGGCCUCCCUCCCCUUGCAGGACACUCCCUCUCAUGGACUGAUGAAAAGCAAUUCAAAGAACAAAAUAUUAUCCGAACAGCCAAAGUGUGGACCCCAGAGGACCCCAGAAAACUCAACAGCAAAUCUUCCUUCAACAACAUAGAAAACGAACCGCCCUUUGAGUUUGUGUCCUGAGAAGUCCCAGACCCUCCUGAGGAUCUGAUUAUGUCUCUGUGCAUAUUGUACAUGUAAAUAUCUAUAAUGUAAUUUAAGAAUCACAUUUUUCUAAUGGCAAUCAACUGUUAUUUAUCUAUUUAUUAUCCUGUCAAGUUAAUGAAAUAGACGAUCUCUGUUUAAGUAUAUAAUUUAUAUAAUUUAUCCUGAUUUUCUAAAAAUAUGCAAUAGCCUUUGAUUUCCCCCAGCACCUUUGGCAGAACUCUGCGUUGUUGGAAGAAC